AUCUGGGUUAGUCUUUCUUCAUGAGUGGCCAUUAAAAGGCUGUAGUGUUGAUUGCUGUAUGUACACUGAUCACUUCAGCUACAUUAUGUUUGUUUGUAACUAUAUACACUACGACUUGGCUUUGAUUUGUACCCACUGAUUGUGACAGUUUGAAAUACAUGCUUUGGUGUGAUAGGGGUAUUGAUGCUACAUCACGUACACUCCUCCCCCCUCCAGAUUCUAGUGGAGUUCGUGAAGGUGACCUAGUGAACUGGUAUCUGAAGGAGGUGGCUGAUGAUAUAGAUAAUGUGGAGGAGCUGACGGAGAAGAAGCUCCUCGUGGAGAAGGUCAUCGAGAGACUUGUGCAACAUGACCACAUUCUGUUGCCAUUGGUGAUGGGGGAGGAGUCAGACGAAGAUCCAUUCCUGGUGGUUCAUCCCAACUACGUUGUUGAGACAUGAACACAUCGAAUAUUAGUUUGUUCAACGACUUAUAAACUUGGCAAACAUUUUUACCAGUUAUAUACAUGUACAUGUAUUGAACACAUACUUAUAAUUAUGCAUUCCUCAAUAUUAUUUGUGUACCUAGUAGGCUGAUAAUUAUAAUUUUAAAUUGAA